AUGGGCUCCUGCAACAGGCGGACUGACCCCAAACUCUUCAUCAAAUCCAUUGCACAAACCAUCUGGCAUUAUGCUUUCCAAGCACUGCAGUGCCCAGUUCGACUCCUGAAGACUUCAGGGACACGUCCAGGAGUAGCUUUCUUAGCAACAAAUGACCGGACACCCCUGAUGAUCGCGGCUCAGGGGAACCAUACGGCCAUCUGCUCUCAGCUGCUCCAGAGGGGCGCCAAGGUCGACCUCCCGGAUAAGGAUGGCAAGACACAAAAUCCUGCUAUACUCAAACCCCUCAUAGACUGGGUUCAGACAUCCAACAAAUGGUUUGCUGAAAUCGUGUUUAUCAAGCCGAAUGCUCAGUGUUUUUAUAGCGUGCCCUCAGAGAGCGGGAAGGACACCGACGUGAGUAGCCUGGCCUUCCAGAGCGAGGCAGGAGACCAGAGUGACGACGAAGAAGAGGCGGAGGAAGGGUCCGAGUUACGGGAGUGGCGGAGCAGAUUCCGGGAGGAAAAGAUGAAAGUCAUCCAGCUGGAACUGCAGCUGGACCAAAAGACCAAAGACUGCCAGCUCUUCUCCAAGGACUGCCAGCUCUUGAAGGAGAAAGUCUGGGACCAAGUACAGGAGAUCAGCCAGCUCCUGCCGGAUCGGGAGGGACGUAGCCGCGACUGGCGGCUGCUGAGCCGGGAUCUCACGGAGGGGGACCACUGCCUGGACCUUCUGGCCCAGCAGGUCCAAGAGCUGAAGGAGAGGAAGAAGCAGCAGGAAGCAGAGAAGGAGCUGCCCAAAGCUUCAACGCAAGGGGUGACGAGUCCCGCUAAGCUCCAGCCGGGGAUAGCCCGGUGGCCCGGCGAGGAAGAGGCGGAGGAGCUGAAGCGCCUGCAGAGCGAGCUGGAGGCAGCCCUGGAGGGGAAGGCCACGGCAGCCCGGCGGGUGGAGGAGAUGGAGGGGCACAUGGAGAACAUGAGGGCCGUCAUCGGGGUCUUUGAAGCCAAGAAGAAGUCGCAGAACGCGGCCCUCAAGGAGAUGGAGGCUCGGACGCAGCAGCUGGGCGAAGAGAACCGAAAGCUGCGGGGGCUUCUGGGGAAACAUCUGGCCGGGCCCCCCGAGAGCGGCCUUGCCCAGGCGAAGGUGGCCCAGUGCAUUAAGGAGAUGGAAGAGACCCAGUUCAAGGCCCGGGAGGAGAUGGUGGCCAUGCUGGCUGAAAAUGAAGACCUGAAAAAGGAAGCUGAGGAGGCCGUCCGCAGCAGGUUGCAGUUCCAAGCGGUGCCGUCCGGCGCAGUCAAGAAAUGCGUUGCGGCCUGGAAGAAGGUGGUCACCGGCCUGGAAGGGGCACUGGCUAAGCUGGAAGAAGCCUCUUCUGCCCUCCUGGACAAAGUCCGUCCUCUCCAAGAAGCCAUUUUGGAGCCUCCUUCCAAAACCUUGGUCAACGGCAACGGUCUUCCUGAAGAAGAGAAGAAUGGCCACCAGCCGGCCCGCUCGGAGACCCUGGAGGAGCUGCAGAAAAGUGAGGUAGAAAAGGCCCAGAUCCAUAAUGGUCUUGUGGGGCAGGUGAAGCUCAGGCCGAAACCUGAGGGGGUGGAAAACAAGGCCCGUCCAUGCCGGAGAAGCUCCGAUCUGGAGAAGGAGGUGUGGGACCUCAAGCAGAGCAACGGCGGCCUGGCCCAGGAGUUGGCCCAGCUGAGCAGGGAAAGGGAGAAGCUCCAGGAACAGCUCCAGAAGUUACACGGCCCCGCUGAGGGUUCUCCUCGGGUCGAGAAGACCGAGCGUCUGGUGGACGAGUUGAAACAAGCGGUGGAGGUCUUAUCUGAGGAGCUCUCGCUGGAGAAAGAGGAAUCGGGCAAGCUGCGCCUGAAGCUGCAGGAGCAGAGGAAGGAGGUGGCGUUUGUGAGGAACAACUUCCUCAAGAAGGUGAGCCAAGAGGCCGGCGGCAUCGUUGGCGACAACCUGGACAGCUGCAUCUUGAAGGAGCUCCACUGGAAGCUGGACAACGUGGUGAAGAAGCAGAACGAGGCCUUGCAGCUGGUCUCCGAGAUGGAGGAGGAGAACCGGGCCUUGGAGGCCGACCGCAACCUCCCGCUUGACCCCAGGAGCCCCGACGAUGGCAAAACCGGCCAAGACAUCUUCUUGGAGGCCUCCGAGGUCAUCGGAGAAAACUGGAAGGUCCGAGAACAGAUGGUAGAACUGGAGAAAGGCUUGCAGGAGAUGAAGAAGCUGCUGGUGGCAUCUCAGGUGACCCAAGGAGGCCUCAAAGCGGCCAGCCUGAUGCAGCUCCUGGACCGAGUCCUGGCCCAGAUGGCCGACCUGCGCCGUGAGGAGGAGCAAGUCCUCGGCAAGUACGAGAAGAUCUGCAGCAUGCUGUCUACCAGGGCUCAGGUCCUGGGGGAGGAGCUGGCGGCUCUCCGGGAGAAAUACGAGGAAGCCAAUGGAGCAUCUGCCCAUCACAAAGACGCCCUGGACCGCGAGCUGCGGAAGACUCAAGAGCUCAUGGCCGAAGCUCUGGAGCACGAGGAGGAAGUGGAAGAGCUGAGAGGGAAGUCCCAGAAGUUGGAGAGCACGGUGGACAAGCUGAACAAGAAGGUGGACGAUAUCGCCAAGAUGUGCCAGGAGAGAGACGGCAAGAUCAAGAAGUUGCUGAAGGAAACGGAGAAGCUCUCGAGCGAAAUCUUGAACCUACGGAGCGAACGCACACGGCUGAUCCUGCAGAACGAGGUUGCGCAAAAGAACCACCAAGAGAUUGUGUCUAUAUACAGGACUCACCUGCUCAAUGCUGCUCAGGGCUACAUGGAUGAAGAGGUCCACGCCAUGCUGUUGCGGAUCCUGAGGACCGACUGAAGUCCAGAAAACCCUGUGGCGAGAAACCAGCUGCCAAUUCUCCCAGGAGCCGGCUCCGAUUUCGGGUAUCGCCCGUU